AUGUCUUCACAAAGUAUUUGGUUUGCAUAUGAUCCACAUUGGGCAUCAACAAUUCGUGCACGUUUAAAUGAAAUCGAUAUAUCUGAUUUAUGGUUAAUCGAAAAUGUUACAUCUACUCAAACGCCACAUAUUAUUCCUGAUAAAUAUUUAGGUAAUCCAAUACAACAAAUAAUAACAAAAAAAUCAUCAGAUAAUGAAAAUAGCUUUGAUCCAUUACGUGGUGAUCAUCAAACAAUUGAAUCAUUAAAUAAUUUUCUUCAACGACAAUGUUGGCGUAGUGCUGUUGAUUGGACAACAAAUUAUUUAUUAAAAUAUCCAAAUGAUUAUCAUAUAUGGUUUAUACGUUUUGCUUGUUUAAUUAAAUUACGUUUAUUUCAAACAAUUGAAAAUGAAUUUGAAACAUUUGGAAAUUUAAAUUCAUAUAAUAAAUUACCAUUUAGUUUACGUUUACUUCAUGCUGAAUUACCUAUUUAUAUGGAUUCAAAUCAUUUUCAUGAUGGUUUAGAUCGUUUAUUUCGUUUAUUAAUGAUAACAAAUACAAUAUUAAGUAUUUUACCUAAAGAUCAAACACAAUUAUGGCAUAAAAGACGUUUACGUAUAUUAUAUUCAAUAGCAAAUUGUUAUAUAUUAAUGAAACGUAUUGAUUUAAUAAUAUCAAUUAUUGAAAAUCAAAUAAUUAAAAAUGAAAAUUUAGAACAACAAAUUGAACUUUAUUUAUUAAUUGUACGUAUAUUACUUCAAACAGGUGAUGAUUAUAAUGCACAACGUGCAUUUGAUCGUGCUUUAAAUUUAUUACCAUCACAAGAAAAUUUACCAAAAGAAUUUUUAUUAACAAAAGAACUUUUUUCAUUAUUUCGUAAUGAUUUAUUAACAAAUAAAUUAAUAAUAACAUUAAAAAAUCCUAUUGAAAUAAAUAAUCAUUGUGUUAUUUUACUCUAUAUGUCAAAAAUGAAAGAAUCAUUAGAUUUAUAUGAAAAAUUAAUACGAGAUAAACAAGAAAAUAUUCAUGAAGCAAUUAUUUAUAAUAUAUGUACUAUUUAUGAACUUGAAUCAUUUCGUUUUACACAAAAAAAACAUGAUUUAAUUGAUUAUAUUAGUCAAUAUAUUGGAGAUGGAUUUAGUUUAACAGCAUUAAAAUUAUAA